CAGUAAUUCCACACGGAAUUCUCCUGCCGAUCUCCGCCGUGUGUUACUAGGCGUGUCGAGCGAGGCUCUACCUACCUAUGGAUGAAGAAAACGCGUCUGCGGUCGAGUCGGUUGGAUCACUUACCACUCCUCGGCGACUCUUGCGCAAGGGUACUCAUAGCUGUGUCGAAUGCAAGAGACGAAAAACAAGAUGCUUUUUCGACCAUCUCUCCGCUGCCACUUGCGUAGGAUGUCAGCGUCGAGGUACGCGAUGCAUUAGCCAGGGGCUCGUCGACAUCCCUGUGACAGCGCCAGAGGAAGAUCCGAGAUCGGCGGAGAGACUGAAGAGAAUCGAGCAGAUGCUCGAGGAUCUUAGUGCACAGCUCCUCACGUACGGUAUCGGAAAUCGGCAUGACACAUCCCCGGACCAAUCACUCAUUCCUAGGUCAUCGGCGGAAGACCCGGCUGCGAGAAAUAGCUGGCAAAAUGAUGGUGACGGCCGCGAUUCUGUCCUGGGAGCAGCAUCGGGUCUCAAUACCGCGGCUCGAGUUCAAACAACAACCCUGCGCGGUCCAGGAGAAGACGUCACUGGGUUGAGUGAUUUCACUCUACCCAAAUUUGCCGACACAUGCCGAACUCUCCACGCCGCUUUGCCAUCUCAGCGGGAUGCCGAUAUCCUCUUUGGGGCUGGCAGAGCUGCUGUCUACUUGCAAGCGCUCUGUAACCCCUACAGUCAGUUGUUUGGUGAAGAGGACUCCGUAUCAGCUAGCAUUCUAUCUGUACUUCCCCCAGUUGACGCCCAUCCGGUUCUCCUGGCACGAAAACUCAUGCAACUCGCUAUUUGCAUACAGCAACUGGAUCCUUCAUUACACGAAAGCUCUCUUCCGCUAGGGCUUGGUGCUAGCGAAGCCAUGCAUAGGUAUUACUCUCUAGCGUCGAGCAUGGUGAUUUGCCAUGACGAACUUCUUGAUUCUCUCGAAGGGCUGGAAUGUCUCAUCUAUGAAGGGGUAUAUCUCGUCAAUUGUGGGAACAUCCGUCGGGCGCUAGUAUCCCUCCGCCGCGCCUCAACACUGGCUCAGUUCCUGGGACUGCAUCGCAAGGCCGUCCCUGUCGCACUGAACCAACUUGACCCAGCAACUCGUGUCUCAGGCGAAGUUACCUGGAUGCAUGUCGCGUAUCUGGAGCGCUACAUAUCACUUCUACUUGGCAUGUCAACUUCUAUCACAAAUGCCAAGUUCGCUUCCGAGCAUAAGACAGCUGGCGAAUCCGAUGGAGAAUGGCUGGAGAAAGUACAAGUGGAUGUUUGUGAACAAAUCAUCAACAGAAACCAACGUGGCCACUAUGAUCUUGCGGCAACCCAGCGGAUAGAUGCCACGAUGAACAGGGUUGCGAACAACAUCCAAGCCAACUGGUGGAAGCCGAUGGAUAUCCGCCCAGGUAUGACUGGUGACGACGUAAUGUUGCUAGUCAUAAAUGCACAGAUGCAAAUCGUUCACAAUAACCUGCUCACGGUUUUGCAUUUACCAUACCUUCUUCGCAAGGAUCCCGAGCAUCAGUACGAUUACAACAAGACGGUUUGCACAUUUGCGAGUCGAGAAGUUCUGAGCAGGUACAUCACUUUUCGGUCUAUUGUCAGGGUAGUCUUUUGUUGUCGUAUUGUGGACUUUUGCGCCCUGACAGCCGCUCUCACCCUUCUACUUGCCCAUUUAAGCGGCCAGGGCAAGGAUUCUGCAUGGCUGCUACCACAUCAACGUCCAGGGGACCGGGCGCUGAUAGAGAACACGAUAGAGACCCUGGAUGAGCUCAAUCGGCUGAACAAGGAUGAGCUGACGAGGGAGACUGCAAAGUUGGCGAGGGAACUACUGGUUCUUGAAACGGAAUCUGCCAAGACCGGUGAUACCUACAGCUGCAGUAUUGUGGAUAAAACCCAAAAUGACAACAGUGGAGGCCAAGGGAGGCGUUCUCUGUUCCUCGAUAUUCCAUAUUUUGGAACCGUCAUGUUGGCACCUGACGCCUCCUUUUCUGCACCAAGUCCCCAUUCGACCUCGGGUCAGACUCAAACGGCUAACUCAUACACGAUUUCGGCGCCAGUUACGGUUCUUCCUACGUCCUCGGAGCAGGCUUCCGUGCAAUUUUGCACCGCCGCAUCACAACCCAGUGAUUUGGCACUGCAUUUAGGGCAAUUGCCACAGCACCCCUUCAUCGCUGACGAGGGAUUCGGUCAUCCAAUGGGUAACUUCGCAACGACUCAGCAAAACGAGCAACUGGAAAUGUUUGAUCUCCCGAUGCCAGAUGUCAUGGCUGAUGCAGCCGAUUGGGCCUUCCAAGGAGUGGAUAUCACAUUCUUCAAUAAUCUCAUCAAUGGUGAUGUGACUAACCAGGACGCUUGGGAUGGAAAUUACUUGGAGUUUUGAAGGCUUUUGUGGAGGUGGGAAAAUUCUCAAUACUUGUGAUCGAUAGGAUAAUUACGUACGAAGACCCAUGCAC